GGCAUCUCCAUCAGCAUGACGAAGCAGGUCGUUUUCACCGAGGAGGCCAACCCCCCUCUCCCCAUCUACUCCCAGGCCAUCAUCUCCGGGAAGACGAUCUAUGUCUCGGGUAGCAUUGGGAUUGACCGCGAGUUCAAGCUCGUCGAGGGUGGUGUCCAGGCGCAAACCCGCGCUGCCCUCGACAACCUCACCAAAGUCCUCAAGGGGGCAGGUGUCACCCGUGACUCUGUUCUGAAGGUCAACAUCUUCCUCACGAACCUCCAGCGUGACUUCGCGCCGCUGAACGAGGUCUACCAAGAAUACUUCCCUACGAACCCCCCUGCACGCACUUGCAUCGGUGUCGCGGCCCUCCCUCUUGGUGCUGAUGUGGAGAUCGAGUGCAUUGCCGAACUUCCCUGAGGGAAGCUAUGCGCCGGAUUAUGAGGCCUUGAGGGAUGAGAAGUCAAUGACUUACUGUAAUGAUAUUCACCUGAAUUUCUCGAGCAUUCCUCAAACGUGCUUGAAAGCUCCGCCGGCUUAGACUUUGAGUGCGGUGAGCCUUGUGGCUGUCGCAGCGCAUCGAGCGGUGCCCAGGUAAAGACCGUGGUGAUAUGUAGGAGUAUCGUAGACGCCCAUAUAGGACGAUAUAAUCAUUACAAAAUCAGGUACAGUGCGCGCCGCGAGUACGUCAUCGCGACGCGUUGCCUUUCUCGCUCUUUC